AUGCCAUUAUUAUUUCUAGGCACCUCUUUUUGCUUUCCACACUCUCUUGUAUUUGUAUUGAAGCAUACAGCAGAAAGCAAAGGACAUUUUUACAAUAAAAUACCAACGAAAAUUCUGGCUCCGAAAAGCAACAUCAGGAAUGAAAAAAAAGAAGAAAACGAAAACCUGAAACUCAUGCGCAACGAUGAGAAAGCGUUUGUUGUUGGUAUUUUCACACCGAAUUGGAGUAAAAGCGCUUUGAGCUGA